ACCCAAAUUGUAUGAGUUCUUGUAUUUUUCAGUUUAUUAUAUAAAUUAUAAAAUAAAGCUAUGUCGAUCUCGCUACGAGCAGAGUCUAGUGGCGGUAUCGCUUAGAAUAACCGAGUUGGAGACAUGAGUUAGGUAGAGGAGAUUCAAGGAUUUAUAUGUAAUUUAUCUUUUCGAUGUAUAAAAAAAAGAGUGUAGAGAUUCAAGGAUUUAUGUGUAAUUUAUCUUUUCGAUGUAUAAAAAAAAGAGUGUAACGGCGGUGCGAGAGGAGAACACAAGUUCUUACACCACUCAGCUCAGCUCAAACUAAAUUCCCUUUUCCCUUCCAAUUCCUCAAUCGGAAUCCAAACCAAAAUGCGGUUCAUCGACCACGGCAUGGACCUCGACCUGGACCUGGACCUUGACCUCUCUGAUUUCGGUUCGUCGGUGCCGCUCAAGAAGGUCCCUAACGGCGACAUCUUCUCCGCGUCCCGUGCGGGUGACGUGGACCGCCUCCGGUACCUUCUCGAGUCCGGCGUCGACGUCAACGCCCGCGACCAGUGGGACUCCGUCGCCCUCUACUACGCUUGCCUCGCCGGCCACCUCGACGCCGCCCGCAUGCUCCUCGAGAGCGGCGCCAUCUGCUCCGAACACACUUUCGACGGUGACCGUUGCCACUACGCCGCUCUCAACUUGAAGGUCCGUAAACUCCUCAAGGCCUUUGAAGCUCGCCCUCCUCCCUUGGACCCCUUGCCCUCCUCCUUGCGUCUCACCUUCUUGUCCUGCCCCGCUAACUCCUCUGCCUCUCCAUUUCCCAGUAUUUCAUCCACUCAAGGGUCAAGUGGCUGCAGCCACUUUCCUCCUGAUGUGGUUUUCACCGUGCAAGGAGAACCUAUUGAAGCUCACAGAGUCAUAUUAAGUGCAAGGUCACCAUAUUUCAAGAAAAAGUUCGAGACUGAUUGGAAAGAGCGCAGCGAGGUUAGAUUCUCGCGGGAGAAGUUGUCAUAUCCCGCGCUUUAUAGCCUCGUACACUUCUUCUAUUCAGACAGGUUGGAGAUUGCUGUGGAUGACAUGGAAGAUCUUGUGAGAAUAUGCAAAGUGUGCAAAUGCGAAUCACUAAGGAGUGUUCUUGAGAAAGAAAUAGUUCAUCAAAAGUAUGCGGAUUAUAAAGCUCUGCGAGAUGUGGACAAUUCUCAGAAACGGUAUAUUUUGCAGGGCCUGUCCCUUCCUGAAGAAGACAGGCUUCCUGCAGCCUUGCGUCGAAUCCUUCUGACCGCCCUUUCAAAUUCCAGCCAUGAAAAUGGUCAAGAUGAUGGAAUUGAUAAUGCGGUAUCUAGGAUGGGUGCCAUGCAGAUGGAUGAUGAUCUUGCUGAUGUUUGUGUGAGAGUCGACAGGAAAAUUUUCCGUUGCCAUAAAGUUAUUCUAGCUUCAAGGUCAGAAUAUUUUAAAGCAAGGCUGUCUCGUAUGGAGGAUUUCCAUGAAGGGAAAGAUGCCUUAUCUGUUGACUUCCUUCCUUGUAUUGAGGAACAUGACUUGAGCACGGAAGCAUUUGAGAAAAUGAUUGAAUAUAUGUACACCGAUGCUUUACAGGAUAUAAAUCCAGAUCAGGCUGAGGAGAUGUUGGAUGUUGCUUCUAGAUACUUACUGUUUCCUCUUAAGCGUGCGGUAGCUGAUGUCUUGUUGCCACACUUGGAAAUGGUGUCGCCUGAGGAGCUUUGCCACUGGUUAAUGCUAGCGGACAUGUAUGGUGUUUUCAAGAUUCGGGAAUAUUGUUUAGACACCGUUGCUUGUAAUUUUGAAACAUUUGCUGAUACUAAAGAAUUCCGGGCAAUGCUGUUGACUCUGCCUCCACCAUCAGGCGACUCAUCUCUUCGUACCACUGUUCCAAGCAUUCCUGGAUCUGCUCUAAAUACUGAUCAAGGAAAUCUUCUUGAUGAUUUACGUGAGAAAUGGCUUGAAAUUGAAGCUGCUGAGCUUGACAAGAGAGAUGAGAGUGCUUUGCAAUUUGACAAGCGCCUAGAAAUGCUUAUGCUUGUUGCAGAGCAAGAAAAAUCAUCAGAGAAUGCUGAUCCAGAUGGUAUUAAACUCACACCCUUGGCUAUCUCCUCAAUCACCACUCUAAUUUCAGGUGAACAAAAAGAAUUGUAGAUUUCUGAUCAUUUUUUCUUUACUGAUAAAUUAAAAAAAAAAGAUAUUAUUGUAUAGAUUUUGUAUGUCAUCAUGGUUGUAAUUUAUAGGUAGCUGAAUGCUGAGUUAGGUUGCUUGGAGUGCUUAAGUUGGGUUUUUGUAACUUUAGUUACUCGAGCAUUCAUUGAUUCUUAAAUUUCUUUUCAAUAAUUUCUACAUAAUCUUGACAUUGUGAUUACUACCUGAAUGUGGGCUUGACAACUCAAGCCCAUGAGAAGAGCAAAGUUGAAAUAUCUAUAAAAUAUCUUAGAAUAUUAUUUCUGUA